GUUUCCGUCCGUCUCUCUGUCUCUCUUUCUCACGCUCCGUGGAUGCGCGCAACGGGAGCGCACGUCCCCGGGCGCAGCGCAGCGCUGAAGCGCGGAGAGGAGCGCUCGGAGCUCGGCGGAGCGCGGUGUUCUCGGCAUGCAGUCCGCGCGGCUGGGCGUCCUGCUGCCGCUGCUCGGCUGCCUCCUGUCCGCGGCAUCCAGCACGCGCCCAGAGUGCAGCAUCAUGCUGGAAAUUGAAGAAGAACGCAGCCAGUGCCUGGCAGAGAUUGCUGAGGAUAAUCAGACCUCAGGUUGCAGAAGGCAAUGGGACAACAUCACAUGCUGGCCUGAAGCGCAGGUGGGAGCGGUUGUGGUGAAGCCAUGCCCGAAGUACUUCAGGUUCCUCACCACUUUUCUUGGGAAUGUGACCAGGAAUUGCACAAGUCAGGGCUGGACAGAUGUGUACCCUGCACCAUAUGCUGUCGCUUGUGGAUACGAUUCCAACAGCACGCCAGGAGAAGAGCAAACGGCGUUCUAUGGCACAGUCAAGACCGGCUACACCAUUGGACAUACCUUAUCACUCAUUGCUCUCACAGCUGCUAUGAUCAUUUUAUGUCUCUUCAGAAAGCUACACUGUACUCGAAAUUAUAUUCAUAUGCACCUCUUCAUGUCCUUUAUAAUGAGAGCCAUCGCAGUCUUCAUAAAAGAUGUCAUCCUGUUUGAAAGUGGAGAACCCGAACACUGCUUUGUGAGCUCAGUAGGCUGCAAAGCCAUGAUGGUUUUCUUCCAGUACUGCGUCAUGGCCAACUUCUUCUGGCUGCUGGUGGAAGGGUUGUAUCUUCACACCCUGUUGGUCAUCUCCUUCUUUUCAGAGAGGAAGUACUUCUGGUGGUACAUCUUGAUCGGCUGGGGUGCCCCCUCUGUGUUCAUCACUGCUUGGACGGUCGUCAGGAUUUACUUUUUCAAUGUUGGGUGCUGGGAGGAAAUAAUAGAAUCCCCAAUCUGGUGGAUCAUUAAAACUCCUAUUUUGGUGUCUAUUUUGGUGAACUUCAUUCUCUUCAUUUGCAUCAUCCGUAUCUUAGUCCAGAAGUUGCAUUCCCCAGACGUUGGACACAAUGAAACCAGCCAGUAUUCGAGGCUGGCCAAGUCCACCUUGCUGCUGAUCCCUCUCUUUGGCAUUCACUACAUCAUGUUUGCUUUCUUCCCUGACAAUUUCAAAGCAGAAGUUAAGCUGGUCUUUGAGCUUGUGGUUGGGUCGUUCCAGGGAUUUGUGGUGGCUGUCCUCUACUGUUUUCUCAAUGGGGAGGUCCAAGCUGAGCUCAAGCGAAAGUGGCGGAGGUGGCACCUGGAGCGGUUCCUGGGCUCAGACAUGAAGUACCACCACCCUUCCUUGGGCAGCAACGGCACCAACUUCAGCACCCAGAUCUCCAUGCUGACCAAAUGCUCACCAAAGACACGCCGGUGCUCCAGCUUCCAGGCAGAAUUCUCUCUGGUGUGAUGGAGAGAGGCUCUCUGAGCACUGAGCAUCCAAGAGAGAGAAGGAUCCCCAGGAAUCAGUGACCUAUGGACAAACCCUUGCGAAGUGACAUGCUCCGCUUGAGCCAACAGAGGACAAAAAAAAACUGGAAAAGCUUCUGGCAUCCAGAACGAGAUCAGACAAGCUAAGAGGCAGAGAAAUGCUUUUCCUCUCCCUCUUUGCAGACCUUUCUCUCUAUGUUGGUGCCCUGGGGGGGGCUUAUAACUAUGAGAAAAGGUCCUAGUCACUUGAGGAGAGCCUGGGAGAUCCUAGUGCGCUAUAAAUACUGAAUUGUGGGGGUAAGGGAGGGAAGAGCCUGAGUUACUGGUGGCUUUCCCAGAACCGGCAUCUCUGAAACAGAUCAAUUGCACUUUUUUUCUCUAUCUUAAAUGAGCCAGUAAAGGAGAGAGAGGGAAACAAGAAGUGGGGGAAAAGAAUGCCAAACUUACGAAUGCGCCAAAAGCCCAGUUGCUAAGAGGUGGUGAUAUGGCGCUGGAAACAGCAAGGAGAAGGGACGGGAGGAACACGAGCAGGAAGGGGAGAGGCCAGCCCACCACCCUGCCCUGUGCAAAGAAGCUGCAGCACCAGGCAAGACCCUGGAAGGAUGCCCCAGUGUUGGAGUGUGUUCUGCUAAUUGCUCACCAUCCUCGUUAGCUGAAGCUUUCCACGCGCCGUUGGGUGCCCUCUGGCAAAGCAGCUUGCUGAGAAGGACAUCGUCAUGCUGUGUUUGGUUGUUUUCAGUGAACAGGGAACUCAAUUUGCAUGUAUAAAAACCAGGCACAGAUGCCAUCAGUGGAGUACGGCUGUGUUUUUCAUACUUCUUCAUUGAACCUGUAGAUCUUGGUGCAUUAGUGCACCCGGCAUCAUUACGGAUCGGGGGAAAGCAAUUGGUCUGUAAUCCAUUUGCACUUGCUAAGUACACACUGCCAGGAAAGGGAAGGUGUAGAACCCUGUGAUCCUUAAUUGAAUCAGGCCUGCCAUAGGAGCCAGUCUCCAGAUGAAAAAAAUUAGCUUCGCAGCAGCAAGCAAAAUUGCUUUCAUCAAAACAAGGUUGGCUCAGCACGUAACUGGCACUCCAGGAGUCGGAAAGGAGUCAGGGAGCUAUUAAAUUGAUUUCUUUUUCAGCUUUUGUGGGGAGCUUUCAUCCUAUGAUGAAGGCACUGUUAGAUCUUUAAGAGAUGCCUUGUGCAUUUUAUGUCGUUUUUGAAGACCUAUUAGUUUCCACAUUGGGGCAGUCCCUGUUUGAAGGAUGUACAUAGAGCCUGCUGAAACCAAGGGAAUUGUUAUUUUUUUUCUUUUCUUUCCUCGAUAGAGGGGAGAAGGAGAGGAGUGAAACCAAAUCCUGCUUAAACAUGCCAAGCUGGUGGUUCACAGGGCAUCAUGUGAGCUCACCUUCCCAAGCCAUGCAUCCCAACCUUAGAAAGUAGCCCAAGGAUGCAGAUGCUCAUGGUUGUUUCCCACCCAACUGCACUGAAUGGAGUUGCACCAGUUUUACACUGGGGGUGGAAAAUUCUGCUGAGCAAAGGAGGAAAAUGAAUAAUAGGGCUGCUGUUAUCCUACUACAACAUGGUACAUCAGUGUCCUUGGGAAGGAGUCUGGGUCUCCAAAAUAAUACUGGUAUGUGGAAAGGAAGUAUGAAUUCUUUCAUAGUUCAAAGAUCUCAACUUUUCCACUAGCAGCAACUGGACUUCUCUUACUUCCAAAUUAAAUUGUAGUUCCUUGAAGGGAAACAUUUUUAAUUUAGUGUCUUUGGAGUUGGUUUGUUUUUUUUUUUCUUGUUUGCUUAGUUGCUUUAAGCAUCUCGAAUUCACUGCCAACAAACCACACUGAGCCCAGGAGAAGAGCAGCAGAUCAGGAAAUCCCAUUCCCUUCUGAGUUCUGAGGGAUGGUUGCUCCAUUGCAUACCUCUCCCCAGAGCUGUAUCCGUUACCGUCUGAGCUGGAUGCUGCCAAAAUAUUUCCCCACCAUGUGGGACUGAGGACAGCAUAGAGGACUGAGGUCUGCUGACAGGAGAGACUCUGAUACAACUGCUAUGAAGGGUGGGUAUGAACCCAUGGGUUUCCAGCAUGUCAUGGUGUAACCACGACUCCCCAGCCUGGAAAACCGAGAGCAGGUAGAUAUUUGUGAAGUUAGUUGUGCUGAUCUCCAUGCUCCUGGUGUUAAACUGCUGGCAAGACUCCAGGCUAGCCAGGGUUGGGUCAUCUUUGUUCUCACAGAAUCAGAAAAUUAAUCAUAGAAUGGUUUGAGUUGGAAGGUACCUCAAGGAUCAUCUAGUUCCAACCCCCCUGCUUUGGACAGGGACACAUCCCAUCAGACCACGUUGCCCAAAGCCCCAUCCAGCCUGGCCUUGAGCACUUGCAGAGAUGGAGAAUCCACAGCUUUUCUGAGCAAUCUGUGCCAGUGCCUCACCAACUUAGGAGUAAAGAAUGUCUUCCUAAGAUCUAACUAAAAUUUUCCCUCUUUUAGUUUAAAGCCUCUGCUCCUUGUCCUAUUACUAUCAGGCUGUGUAAAAAGCUGAUCUCCAAGUGGCUAUGCUACAGUGAAACCAUAUCAUUAGCAGUCAGAAUCCAAGUGCCAUGAAGUGUUCAAAGUCCUCUCUUAGCAGCCAUCCAAUUCCCAAAAUGCAGAGAAACAUCCUCAUGGGGCUCUCAGAGGCAGGGACUUUUGUGCUUGGCGCUGGUUCUGCUGCUCUGAGUGCUUCCAGAGAUGGGUUGGGACUCAUGCAGAAGGUGCUGGAGAACUCCCACAACCAGUACCAAGUCUCCCAUACCAGCAACAGAGGAACUGAAGCACAAAGCUGUUGAGAAUUAAGCGGACCACUGCUGCUGGCAGCCUCCUGUAGGAGGUGGUCUGUGCCUGUGAGCCUGAGACACCUUGUGCAUUUUCAUUCUGUGUUUUUUUUAACCUUCCUUUUCCUCUCACUGUGCUUGUGAUUCCAUCUGCAGGAGGAACUUUCUGCCUUUUAUUUACUGCUCCUCUCUAUUUGCAGCCCAAUAUGAACCUGGGCCAACACCAACCGUAUGCCAAAGCCAGCAGGAAUAGUUUUGCCCUAUAGAGACAUGACAGGGAAAAGUUUGGCUGCUUAUUUACCCAUGCAACAAGGCCUUCUGCAGCCUCUGAGCUGAACUGAGGAGCUCCUUCAGAACUCAACUCCGUGCCAGGAGCGGUGCCCCAGGCAUCCAGCCUGCAAUUAGUUCAUCACCGCGCAUCCAACUGCAUCGCCAUUAGGCUGACAAGGGUCGAUGAAGAGACAAAGUGAAUGUGCUGUGAUGGGCAUGGCAGAGCUGCCAGGCCAGCUGUGUUGGCUUCAAAUUUUGGGAGAAGAGAGGAGUCGGUGAUGAAAUCAGAGCUUUUCUCUCUGGGGAUCUGAGCAAUCAAGUGAAUGAAAGAAUUUCUCUGCCCAUUCUGGCUUUUGGAUCAGGCCCUCAUUUAGGUACUUAGUGCAGGAAUUUGGCCGGAUAGCUUGGCCUCCUCUUCUCUGAAUGUGAUUUUCAUCCAACUCAUCAAUAAAGUGGAGUUCAAGGACCUCACUGCAGCCCCAAAUGACUACCCAAACUAUUAUCCCAAAGCAAUGCUGAAUAAAUGACCCAGUGCUCAGAGCUGUUGCUGCUUCUCGCAAAGCACAAGCCUGACCAGUGGGACAGGAACGACUCUAGUGAAUGCAAGUGAGUUAUUUUAGUGAAAAAGAUGGUUAAGAGUCAUUCCUGGAUGCACUACACUUUUUAGACAUGUCUGAGGAUCAUGAGUUUGGAUCCCAAAACUCUAUACAGAAAUGACACCAAAUUCUGACCCCAUUGCAUCCCUCAGUUCACAACAGUGACUCCUGAUUUACACAAGCUUGAAACUGGAAUUUGACUUCAGAAUAAUUCCUCUGCCUUCAGCCUGGAACUGUUUACUCCCUUUUUAUACGACUGAGAGAUCAAAUCCAAUCCUGUUAAUUAGUCACUCAAGGUUUCAGUGGUUAAACUCUUGAACAAUUAUUAUUAUCCAUGGAACAAUUAAAAUAUAAAAAUUAAAUGACUUUCUCAAGGUCUAGAGGUACAAGGUUCAAUGCUAACAUUAGGCUGUAGAUAUUUCUGUCUAGCUGGGACCUGUAUGGCUCUGUGGCCCUCUGAUAAACAGUGAGAAAUGAGAAUAUAACCAUGUUUAGGGCUUGAAAAAGAGCAGCAGAGAAAUUCUAGGCUGUGACAGAACUUUAGGGCAUUAAUUUGAAAUUGUUUUUUAAAAACAGGGCUAUAUACAGCAGCAGCAUUGCUGCAGUUUUGGAAUGAAGAAGGGAUUCCAAACAUUUUUUAUUUUGUUGGGUUGGAUUGUGGUAGGGUUUUUUUUGGCUGAUCAAUGAGCAAUUGCCAGUUAGUUUAUAGAAAGCAAUAUGAAGUUACAAAGAAAGCUGAGGAGCAGACAUCACUUGGCUCCAUUGCAGGGAUUGAAGGGUUUCUUUGUGAUCACUGUCUCCAUUCCUUCUUCCAUCAGCAGAGUGUUUAAACAAGGCAAAAAAAAACCAACCCAAAACCAUUGGGUUUUUGCAGGAAUCAUAUACUUUCAGACUAGAAGGGGUUUCUCAAACUUGGAAGUGCCAACACAUGUCAUUGUGAAGCGCAUUUCGUUGUGUCUACAUGAGUUCAUGGUAGCACUUGGUUUGGUUAAAGGUUUCUGGGAAUACUUGUGAUAUCAGAAGCAUGGAGCCUGACAGCAGUCCAUCUUCCCUGCAAGGUGUAUGUAGGUUUAACCCCUCCACCCAUGUAAAACACUCUCCUCUGCCUUGCCCUGACCUCUCUGCCUUCGGGUAGCACACUGGACUGAAGACAGACACAGCUGUCUCUGCACCAAUGGUGAAUGUGCCCAACUCUUGGUGACAAGGACUGCAGUCCAGGACUCCCUGAGUCCAUGAAGCUUUGCACUUUUUGCAUAGCAGUGCUUAUGGUGGAUGGGACCAUCAUGCUUCUUGAUUGUAGAUGACCCUGGAGGAGCAGGAGACCAAGCCCUUGGCCUCGUAUAUACCCAUAUCAAUCUGGAGUGACUCUGGUGGGGUUGUUCUGGAACUAGCUGGUGUAAGUUAGGGAAAGGAAUUAAGUCCCAGUGUGACACUUGGGGUCAGACAUCCCAAAAUCCAGAGCAGCAUAGUAUUCAAUCUGUUUUGUUUCAGUCAGCCAGCUUUCACCCUGUUCCCAAACCCAAUAUUGACAUACUGGCGUGAUGAAAUAUAGUUAUAACUGAUCUUGUUAUUUCCUCUAAAGAUCUAUAAAGUUACAAACCAUGGCUUCCCUGGGCCAGCAGUCCAUUUCUUCCACCUCCUUCUGUCUGGAAGUCUUCAAUCUUUGCUCGUCUGCAUGGUGUUGCACUGUGUUGAAGAGUGCUGGGUUCAAAACCCUACUUCUUUCUAGCACACUGCGGAAUCACAGGGAUAAGAGAGUUAUUGGGACUGGAAACUGUGGGAAACUAAAGGAAAUUAAUGCCCAUCAUGUUCUGAGGGCCAGGCCUUUAGGACAUGCAAAUUGGCAUCAGCAGAGCACUUGGCGGUUUAUACCCCAAUUCUGUGGAUGUUGUAAACUUGUACAUAGAGGAAAUCUGAAGAGCACAUUUAAAAAAAAAACAAAAAGUCACACAUUUUUUAUACUCUGUGGAUAAUAAAUUAAGCUUAAAAAAAAACCUUUUGAAUUCAAGAGUGCAUUUUUCAUAGUUUGUUUCAAACGCAGCUCAGGCUGUUCUUGUUCAGUAGCUGGUGCCAGCCAACUCUUUGGUGACUCUGACAACUCAUUCAGACUGUAAGUCCCCCGUUCUGCCCUCCUGUAAAUAUGCUUUGACAGCAAAGAGUGAUGAAAACCGGCUAUGAACAGGGAAUCACUGUUAAGCCACAUUUCUGUGGAUUUUUAUGUACCGAGGUGCUCGUGGUGUAUUUGGAACAGGCCUGCUUGCUCAGCACAGGUGAAAUCUCCACCUUGUUUCAUGGCCUUUUGCCUGAUGUUAUUUAUUUUGUUCUGACUCUGUACAAAUGCAGUGAAAUGGCUAUUUUUUUUUCCUUUGUACUUGGUUCAUCUCCUUGCUUCAGAGGAGAUUCUUCUCUGUGGUUGACACUGCUGAAAAGAAGCAAUAAAACCAUUGUGAAGAAGUCAUGUCUAAGAUA